CGGUUUAACUGAGAAUUCUGAUCAUUUUAGAUCCGCAGUGUGGCCGUGCCAUGGACGGGGAUCCAGUGACUCUUUCCUCGACUUCGAGGUUGCGCCCAUGGCACCGUUGGGCCUUUCUGUUCUGCCUGGGUGCCCUGGCCCAUCCUGGCCUCGGCUUCCUGCCGUUUGGUGCCAUGGAGCUGGCGCCGGCGCCGGUGGCGCCCCAGGUCCGCGUGGGGCCCUCGGUGCUGGCGGGCGACCUGGCGAUGUUGGCCACGGAGACGCGAAGGGCGCUGAGAGCCGGGGCGGAUUUCGUGCAUUUGGACGUCUUUGAUGGCAACUGGAUCAAGGGAGCCUUCACCUUCGGUCCCAUGGUCGUGAGGGCCCUGCGGCGUCACGAACCCAAAGCCUACCUGGACGUCCACCUCUGUGUGACGCAACCCGCCCAGUACCUGGACGAACUGGCCAAAGCAGGUGCCAGUCGGGUGCUGCUCCACUUCGAGGCCUUGGACCGUUCCCCCGCCGUGGCCAAGGCCGCAGCCCAGCUGGCGCACCAGCUGGGGAUGGAGGUGGGAUUGGCGCUGGCGCCGCAGACUCACUUGGAUUCCGAUGUUUUGGAGGCUGCGGAGAGUUUCGAUGCCGUGCUGGCCAUGACAGUGACACCAGGCUUUGGGGGACAAGCUUUCAUGCACGAGGUUUUGCCGAAGGUACACCAACUGCGAGAAGCCUUUCCCCACAAAUCCCUGGAGGUGGAUGGUGGCAUCACGGUGCGCACCGCCGCGCUGGCGGCGGCGGCCGGAGCCAAUGAGGCCGUGGCAGGCACGGCGGUCUUCGGCGCCAAAGAUUUGCGCAGGGCCAUCAGGGAUCUUCGAAAGAGCCUAGAGCGAAGUUGAAAA